UUUAGUGUGUGGAACAAUCGUCAAUACAUGUGUCGAUUCGAUGGACAAUGCGCCAUUGCAAAAGAACAUCGUAACGUAUGUCGAGCCUGCCGAUUAAAACAAUGUUUCAUAGCGGGAAUGAAUCCUAGAGGUGACAAAGUCAUCCUGUACAGUCUGAGCGAGAGCGAAUUCUCUUUAGAGUUUUUCUGUUCUUCAUGUUUAUAUUUCAUUUUGAAAAAUACUUCUUUCCUAAAUGGCUUUAUUUUUAGAAUCUUCUGUUUUUAUCUCCUAUAUCCAUUCCAUUCUUUUGCUCAAUUUUUAACAGUUCCCAGCAAGUUUCUGGCCUUCAACGUGUUCGAGAAUUUGCUUCUUGCUUUCUUCGUUUUACUCAUUACUUUAAUUAUUUUAUUUCUUUUCUCUUUCCAGCUCAUCAUCACGGCUGAACGCGUGGCGACGAUGAAAGAUGUGAUGCAAGACUGGCGAAGGAAUUUUGUUUUGUUUGCAGAUUGGUUGCAUGCCUUACCAGAAUUCGCUUCACUUAGUGUUGAUGACCAGAUUCUCAUAGGAAAAAGUAGAUUUGGGCCGUUUUACUGGUGGAUGUUGGCUAAUUGGACGAAUGAAGCGAAUUGUGACGGAGUCUGUUACGCUAAUGGCACUUAUUUUCCGCGAACGGAAUCAUUACAGUGUUUUCCUGAUGUUCGGUAUGGCUGCAGUGAGCGAAUGGUUGUAACGCUGUCAGAACCCCUGCGCGAACUACAACUAGAUGAAACAGAAAAAUCAUUGAUGCUAGCGGUUAUCGUAUUUAGUGAUGGUCUGUUUUGCACUAACUGGAUAAAGCUUAGCUAUUUUUUGACAGGUUGUUGUCUAGAACCUCUGGAACUUUCUGUAUCCGGGAAAGAACAUGCACGGAGCAUGGGUCAUCGUUUUGUGCGAAUGCUUCACCAUCACAUUCGUAACAGAGAGCCAAGUUUAUCAAACGCAGCUAUUGCCCUUCGAAUCGCCAAAAUUAUGAUUCUCCUAACAGCUACUACUGUGAGUCUUCUAAACUUUAAUUUUUACCUUUUUGUUACGUGCUUCCUCUUGCUUUUCAAUAUUAUUUUCAUAGAAUUUCUAAUGUUGUUAUUGUUUGCAUCUUGCUUUCUUCCAUUUAUACGAUUUUUUAUCAACAUCCUAGCUUGUCUAUUUUCCUUCUAA